AUGAAUGCAUCGGGACUACCAGCAGGUCAUCUUCUUCCUAACCUGGCACUGAAGAAGACAGCUGUGCAGUCUUCAAACGGAGACAACAUCGGUUUUGCUUUCAAGGCCGUCGAUGGCAACAGAGACGAGAACUAUCAAGGAGGGUCCUGCACACUUACUUUAUCACAGUCUGAUCCGUGGUGGAGGGUAGACUUGGCAAGAGUGUAUACAAUUGGUGCUGUUGUGAUAACCAAUGGAGCAGGAUUUGAAAACAGGUUGGAUGGUGCAGAAAUCUGGAUUGGAAAGUCAACAAACUUCAGUGACCCUGAGAGUGAGAGGUGUGCCGUCAUCUCUCACAUCCCCAGUGGACAGACGUUCUACUUUCCAUGUAGCUCUAUUGAGGGACGCUAUGUCACUGUGUUUCUCCCAGGAAGUGAGAAGGUCCUAAAUCUCUGCGAGGUUGAAGUGUACUAUGGAUACCCAUUACCCAAUGUGGCACUCAAAGGAGAAGCUACCCAGUCAUCUACACUAUCUGUUGCCACUGCGUCCAAAGCCAUCGAUGGCAGACGGAUCUCGUUCUACAGCAAUGGGUUCUGUAGCCACACGGCUGAAGACGAGACCGACCCCUGGUGGAGGGUGGACCUGCAGCGAAGCUUUACAAUCACUGCUGUAAAAGUCACCAACAGAGGAGACUGCUGUGCUGAAAGACUGGAUGGAGCUGAGAUCAGAAUAGGAAACUCACUGGAGAACAAUGGAAACAAUAAUCCCAGGUGUGCUUCCAUCUCACAUAUCAAAGCAGGUAAAACCUACACAUUCCAGUGUGAUGGAGGCAGCAUGGAGGGUCGCUUUGUGAACGUGUUUCUUCCUGGACAGAAGAAGACUCUCACCCUGUGUGAAGUGGAGGUGUAUGCUGCCCCAGCAGUGGUGCCACUUCAAAAUGUGGCCUUAAAAAAGCCAACAGUACAGUCAUCGACUUCGUCACCACCUUUUCUGUCAUCAAAAGCUGUUGAUGGGUACAAAAAUGGAAACAUACGUGGUGCAGGCUUUUCCCACACUAAGGAAGAAACAAAUCCCUGGUGGAGAGUAGACUUGUUAGCUGUCUAUAAAGUCAGUGCUGUCACCAUCAUCAACAGACAAGACUGUUGCUCUGAAAGGAUUCUUGGGGUAGAGAUUCGGAUCGGGGACUCACUGGAUCAAAGUGGAAAUCAAAACCCGAGAUCCUUGAGUGGAGACGACUGGUUCUGGAUGUCCGGAUACUCCAUGAAUUUCUUCAACUGGCCACAAGAUUUUGUCCCUUACUAUUACUCCAGCAUGUGUGGAGCUAUGAGCAAUGGAGAGCACUUCCUGUGGCAGGACCUGCACUGUGGGGAACACCUCAACUUCAUCUGCCAAUCAGGUGCUGGGGACAAUGUGCAAAGAGUGGACUUCUACAGCACCAAGAAUGUCACAACUGUAAAGUAAAGGCCAACAAUAUACUGCAUAUCGGAAUACUUCUAAGUUACUAAUAGUUUUCAUAUACAU